AUGAAUACGCCUCCUCCUGAACAAGAUACUUUCAUCAAGCCAGAUCCCUUCUUUUCAGUAUCAACGCCUAUUGUCCCAUUACCCAAUACCACAACUACAGCUUCCACCGUUACCACCACGGGUUCUAGUUCGAGGCCUCGGCGAUACACACAACCCACCAGGACUGCACCAAAAGACGAACGCCAUUUCGAAAAAGAAGACAACCAUGACGAUGAGCUCGAUCGCAUAUCUGAUAUUCUCGCCAAUCUCAUCCGUGAAGCCAAUGAUGCAGUGCAUGGACUCGAGCGUGAACGUGGUAAAAUAUUAGAGCAACAGCAACAACGACGCAGUGUGCGAACCAGUUCAAGGUUACCUAGGCCCAAGUCUUUUUCGUCGUCUUCGUCUUUGAUCGCGACAAGUAGUAGUAGUAAUAAUACAAUGUCAGUUCCACCACCACAUCCACCACUACGACGACGCCCCUUUCCACCACCACAUCCACCUCCUAUUGAAACAGCACCACUCCUCGAAUCGUUUCAACGACUUGAUACAUCCAUGGCUAUGGUUGAUUCGUUAUCUCGCGAUCUUAGUAGUCAACAAGAGCAUCAACAGCAUGAUCAUUUUACUGCUCUCUUUAUCGUACCCCUUUUGCAUAUACCCCAUGCACUUAUCACCACCCUUUUCAAUGCAGCACCACCGAGUCUUUCAGGCAUGGUUGCUUGGGCUUGUCUCUUUGCACUAGGCAAUCUCAUCAUGGGUCCCAAUAACAACAUGGACAAUUCAAGGCGUCUUUCACUUCCUGGUGCUUAUCAUGAUGAUGACAACAAAACUAAUCUCGCUGGCCGGGAUGAUGAUGAUGAUGAUGAGGAUUUACAACAACAGCCAAUGCCUACGACAACAACAUCCACCACUUCUCCUUCACGUAUCAUCACCACCACCACCACCAGUGUACGUAAACGUCGUCCUACCAUUGUACGUCGUUCAAUCUAUAGGAAACGUGCUCCUCUUACCAGUCGACAAAGCAUGAUGCCUCUUUCAUCACAACCCUCCUCUUCGAAACGUUCCACCAUCCUCGUCAAUACCACCACCACUGCUACUGCUACUGCUGCCACUGGUAUUAGUAGUAGUAGAAACACCAUGCCACUAUCACCCAAUCAACAACGACGACGCAAUUCAGUAUGA